ACACACUUUCUUUCUAUGCAAAAUCUCAGGCCAAACCACCAAACGUCAAUAUCCGGCGGAAAGCUCCCCCCCCUCUCGCAGCCUCUUUCACCGUUGGUUGACAGUCUUCCUUUCCACAGGGAGUCUGCCUUCGUUGGCAAGUCUUGUAUUCCAGUGAAAAGAAAUCUUCUAACAUCCAUCAUGGUGAAUUUCACAGUAGACGAGAUCCGGGUGAUGAUGGACAAAAAGCGGAACAUCCGUAAUAUGUCUGUCAUUGCUCACGUGGACCACGGCAAAUCAACGUUGACUGACUCCCUGGUAUCUAAAGCUGGUAUCAUUGCCAGCGCCAAGGCUGGAGAAACUAGAUUCACAGACACACGAAAAGAUGAACAGGAACGUUGCAUCACCAUCAAGUCAACGGCCAUCUCCAUGUACUUUGAGCUGCAGGAGAAGGACAUGGUAUUCAUCACCAACCCUGAUCAGAGGGACAAGGGUGAGAAGGGUUUCCUUAUCAAUCUCAUUGACUCUCCUGGACACGUAGACUUCUCCAGUGAAGUCACAGCAGCUCUCCGUGUAACAGACGGUGCUCUUGUUGUUGUUGACUGUGUCUCUGGUGUGUGCGUACAAACGGAGACCGUAUUGAGACAGGCCAUUGCCGAACGUAUCAAGCCUGUGCUCUUCAUGAACAAGAUGGAUCGCGCAUUGCUGGAACUCCAACUGGACUCUGAGGACCUCUACCAAACUUUCCAACGUAUUGUAGAGAAUGUCAACGUCAUCAUAGCAACCUACAGCGAUGACAGCGGCCCCAUGGGUGAAGUCAGAGUAGACCCUAGCAAGGGAAGUGUUGGUUUUGGAUCUGGUCUCCAUGGCUGGGCUUUCACGCUCAAGCAGUUCUCUGAGAUGUAUGCAGACAAAUUCAAGAUUGAUGUCAAUAAACUCAUGAAUAGACUGUGGGGAGAGAACUUUUUCAACCCUAAAACCAAGAAGUGGGCUAAACAGAAAGAAGAUGAUAACAAACGCUCUUUCUGCAUGUAUGUCCUCGAUCCCAUAUACAAGGUAUUUGAUUGUAUUAUGAACUACAAGAAAGAAGAAGCCAGUUCUCUCUUGCAAAAGCUGGGAAUUGAACUGAAACCUGAAGACAGAGAGAAGGAUGGAAAACAGCUGUUAAAGGUGGUGAUGAGGACUUGGCUUCCAGCCGGAGAAGCCUUACUGCAGAUGAUAGCCAUCCACCUGCCAUCCCCUGUAGUCGCCCAGAAGUACCGUAUGGAGAUGCUGUAUGAGGGUCCACAAGACGAUGAGGCUGCUAUUGGUGUUAAGAAUUGUGACCCUAACGCUCCUCUGAUGAUGUACAUUUCCAAGAUGGUGCCAACUUCUGACAAGGGUCGCUUCUAUGCUUUUGGACGUGUUUUCUCUGGAAAGGUAGCAACAGGUAUGAAGGCCCGUAUCAUGGGACCCAACUAUGUCCCUGGUAAGAAGGAAGACCUGUAUGAGAAGGCUAUCCAGAGAACCAUUCUCAUGAUGGGACGAUAUGUUGAGGCUAUUGAAGACGUACCCUGCGGUAACAUCUGUGGGCUGGUUGGCGUGGACCAGUUUCUGGUGAAGACUGGCACCAUCAGCACAUUCAAGGACGCACACAACAUGAAGGUGAUGAAGUUCAGCGUAUCACCUGUGGUGCGAGUGGCCGUUGAGCCCAAGAACCCUGCGGAUCUGCCCAAACUGGUUGAGGGUCUUAAACGUUUGGCCAAGAGCGAUCCUAUGGUGCAGUGCAUCAUUGAGGAGUCUGGAGAGCACAUCAUUGCUGGUGCCGGUGAGCUGCAUCUGGAGAUCUGUCUCAAGGAUUUGGAAGAGGACCACGCUUGCAUUCCCAUUAAGAAGAGUGACCCUGUAGUAUCGUACAGAGAGACAGUCUCAGAGGAAUCUGAUCAAAUGUGUCUAUCCAAAUCUCCCAACAAACACAACCGUUUAUUCAUGAAGGCCUGUCCCAUGCCUGACGGUUUGGCUGAGGAUAUUGACAGUGGUGAAGUUAAUCCAAGAGAUGAUUUUAAGAGCAGAGCUCGUUACCUAGGAGAGAAGUAUGAGUACGAUGUGACAGAAGCCAGGAAGAUCUGGGCUUUUGGGCCUGAUGGAACUGGCCCUAACCUGUUGAUUGACUGCACAAAGGGAGUUCAGUACCUCAAUGAGAUCAAGGAUUCUGUUGUAGCUGGGUUCCAGUGGGCGACCAAGGAGGGUGUACUAUCAGAAGAAAACAUGCGAGGUGUGCGAUUCAACAUUUAUGAUGUGACAUUGCAUGCUGAUGCAAUUCACCGUGGAGGUGGCCAGAUCAUUCCAACAACGCGACGUUGCCUGUAUGCUUGCAUACUGACAGCUGCCCCUCGUCUCAUGGAGCCUGUCUACUUGUGUGAGAUCCAAUGUCCGGAGGUGGCAGUGGGUGGCAUUUACGGAGUCCUGAACCGGAGACGUGGGCACGUCUUCGAAGAAAUGCAAGUUGCAGGAACACCCAUGUUUGUCGUCAAAGCGUACCUGCCUGUCAAUGAGUCUUUCGGUUUCACCGCAGAUCUGCGCAGUAACACAGGAGGACAGGCAUUCCCCCAGUGCGUGUUUGACCACUGGCAGGUGCUGCCUGGAGACCCAACCGAGUCUGGCAGCCGACCCUACGUCGUUGUACAGGACACCCGCAAGAGGAAGGGGCUGAAGGAGGGUCUGCCAGACCUGGCACAAUAUCUGGACAAGCUGUAGACUUCCUGACAAAUGUGAUGGUGUAUAAAGUGGUUCGAGUUCAAGCAGAGGCCAUAUGCAGACUAUAUUUAUUUCUGUCUUUAAAAUAUUGUUAUUUUUAUAUAAUAUAUGAAAAUUAUGUAAUAUUUAAAAGGUAGAAAUAAAUGUUUCCUAUUAAAUUAGUUUAAUAUUUGAAAGAUAUAAAUUAAAUAAUUGUCUGUGUGUAGUCUCUGCUCGAGUUGGAAUCAUUUCAUACAUAAGUUUAUUAUUAUAAUUCUGUUAUUAUUUUCACUUUUUAACUAUUCUGUUUUAUUUCUUUUUUAAAAAUCCGUUCACCAAAUGUCAUUUUUGAAUUUUAAUGAGUAUCAUGCAACAUGACUCUUCUCAAAAAGUAAUUUUUUAUUUAAUAUGAAAGGAAAGAUAUGUACGGGUGAAGAAUUAUAAAAGAGAUAUAAACUGGUUCAGUUUGAA